AAAGAAACAAGCGCAGCCCUUAACAAAAAAUUGGCAUAAACUAGGCAAUACUGUGGGGAAAUUUUUAAGCAGGGAAAUUUGCCCCAAACACGUUUAUAAACACACAACCCCACACAAACACAAUGGCGGCGCAGCUGAAGCUCGGUGACAACUGCCAGGAAUGCCAGAGCUUGGGCUUAACGCACAAGCUGCGCUAUUUUUAUAUAAAUUUUGAGGAACAGCUGCUAAAGUGCGAAUCGCGCACCUGUCUAUGGCCACAUAACGACGAGGUAAGCUCCGAUGAAGAGCAGGAGAUGCAUUCAGAUAGUAAGCCGGCAAGGCAAGUGGAUGACGCUGAUGAUGAUGAUGCAUUUAUCAGGGAUUUGAUGGAGCAACUGGAGUCAACUACCGAGCCGCAGCCCGACUUUAGCUUCAACUUUAAUAUGCCAGAUCUCGAGUUGGAAGUGGAUAAUGCCGUGGAGUCACAUCACGUUGCUGAAAACAUGCCGAUCCAGAAGUCUACGAAUGUUGAGCCGAUAAUAGUAGAGACAAUAUUAAUGCCUUCUACCGCUGAGGAGCAUGUGGGAAUAAAAGAAACUCCCGAUGAGGAGCAAGUGCUAAUAAAAGAAGUUAUCGUUGAAGAUCAAGUGCUAAAAAUACAAAUUACCGUUGACACUGCGUCCAGCGCAGAAUUGCAAAAGAGCGAAAGUGUGAAUGACCUUAAGCCCAGCGCGCAAGUAAUAAAAGAAAAUGAAGAAACAUCCGUUAACUCUACGGCCAGCGAGCAAAUGCAAAAUAUAAAAACCAAUGAGAAAGUGCUAAAGAGCGAAACUCCAACGUCCAGCGAGCCGGCACCAAAGAAAGAAAAUCCAUUUAGUUCUACAUUCAACGGCAAAUGGCAGAUAAAAAAAGCAUCCAUUAUACCACGAAAGAUUGAACAAACGUCACCCAAAAGCGACACCACUGUAACUACUUUUCUAGAUGCGGUCAAACGUCAACCACAAACGCCAAUACGCUCUGCACGUGGGCCGCGAGUUAAACGCGUGAUCAACUCUCCCGAAUCAGUUCGAUUUGCAACAGGAUUUGCACCAGGACAAAGACUCAAUGCAGUGCGACAAUUGUUAAACAGCAUUGAAGCUCGGGAGAAACAGGAAAUUCAAACGGAAGCAACAAAUUUCACGGGCGAGAAUGCCAACCCAACACCUUGAGCGAUAUAUCAAUUUGGAAUACCAAGAUAAAUAUAAUCAAGAGUGUGUGUGUGUGAGUGCCUGCGAUUUUGUAUGAAAUGGCAAACAAGUUGGUUUAUUUAUAAACAAUGAAAUUUGAAAUGUAUGCGCGCCACGCUCCAAGCGCAUGAAACCCGGAGAUAGCGUCGUUGCAUGGAACUGGACCUUGAGCGUGCUUGAUCUACAGGAAAAGCAGGUCAAGCCAAGUGCGUCACUGGCGACCGCAGGCUCCAGCUGCAGUGUUUUUAGUGUGAGUGUGAGUUUCAGUGUGAGAGAAACUGAUAAGCUCAUUGCUAUCAGCUGAGCACAGUGGGCGGCAAAACAUGGGGAAAUUUGUGAGGCAACUUAAUGUUUAUCUACAGAUAUCUGUAGCUAGAUAAACAAGUGCAGCUAAUUUUAUACAUUUAUGCGCUUCUAUUUAAUAUUUUUAUGACGUCACAUGACACGCGCUUCCAGCUUUUUGCGUCUUUCAAUGAAAAAAAAAGGCAGUUGCCUCAAUUGCAAUGUCGGCAACAAAAACAAUUUAAUUGAAACGAGCAAAGUUGUUGCUGUGUAUUUACAUUUAGUAUAAGCGUGUAAUAGACAAUUCAUUAUUAAUUGCUAGCUGUCACCAUUUUCCGAUUAGAAAUAGUUCAGUGAACGUUCAAUUGUUGGGGGCACUUGAACUUGCCUGCCUACCCAUGGGGGGGUUGGUUGCCAACGCUUUAAGAUUGCUGCGUAGUAGUAACUAGAAUCUUGCAUAGACAGUGGGCAGUUGGCCAAAUUUGUUUGCCGCUUUGACAUUUUAAAAAUAGCUCACAAACAAAAAGAUUUGCUAAACCGGCAGGCGCCAGAAAUUUAUAUACAUACCUAGGCAAGAAAGUUUAAAUUAAAUUUUUUAUUCUAAAUUUCAAUUAAAUGGGAAUUUCUUUAUUGCUGAAUAUAUUUGCUUAUCUUCCACAAUUAUAAACACAAUUCGUUUAAAACUUUGUUAUUGUUUACGCCAGCACUUUGACUAAAUCUUUUUUUAUCUUUUGUAUUC